AUGAGAUCUCGUAUUUUUGCUGAGAAAAGCAUUACAUACAGGGAGGCAGUGGAACUAGCUCUGGCGUUGGAGGCCGCGGAACGGCACGCGGAGUUGAGUGGGGCGACGGCCCCAGUCUCGGCUUCAGGGGCAAGCGUGGGUGAAGGCCUGCACAGCACCCGCGCGGGAUCCGCGGGCACGAGCGGUGGGGGCGAGCGCCGGACGAGCCGAUACCGCGGCGCAGGGGCAAAAGGGUCUAAUUCUGCAGCUUCGUCGAUAUCCCUUCAAUGCUGGCGGUGUGGUAAGGCACACCGGCCGGAUAGGCGCCGUUACGUUAAUUAUAACUGUGAUGAGUGCAACCAGCGAGGUCAUUUGAAAGUGAUGUGUCGUGAAGUGCAAGCUAAUCGUUCGGAUAGGCAAAAUUAUGUAAGUGGAUAUGCUGAGGACGAAGAUCUGUUUAACAUCGAACUGGCGUCUAAAGUGGAUGCGCAUUCAAAGUGGAUCGAAGUGCUACCCAUGGCUCGCACGGACGCACAGUCGACGAUCACGGCCUUGAUGUCGGUAUUUGGUAGGUUCGGCUUGCCUUCACAGCUGGUUACGGAUUACGGACCCCCAUUCCUUUCGAUGGAAUUUAAAAAGUAUUGUAUGAAUAACUGUAUUAGACAUGUCACGUCUGCCCCUUAUAGACCGCAGGCUAAUGGUGCGGCCGAAAAUGCUGUAAAAACUGUAAAGAAGGCAAUCAAAAGGGCAGUACAUACAGGUGAAAACGUUUUGCAAGCCAUACAUAAAUUUUUAUUUUACUAUCGUAACUGUGAACAUGCUUCAACGGGUGUGUCCCCGGCAGUGCUGCUGACUGGACGUCGUAUGCGAAUGCGAUUAGAUGCGUUACGACCGGACGUCGCGCAGGUGGCGCGAAAAGCGCAGCAGCGCCAGAUAGCGAAAGCAGGGGGCACGCCCCAACCCUCGAUUCUUUUAGGAGAACCUGUACUCGCUCGGGAUUAUUCCGUGGGUAAAAAUAAGUGGUCCACCGGUACAGUAACUGAGCAAACUGGCCCAGUAUCUUAUCGAGUUAACAUGGAUGUUCUAGUACAGUUAGAUAGUGUGAUUGAUUUGUUUAACUUUACUUAA